CGGCCACGCCCACAUCACACGCACCCUCUCUCCCUCUCUCUCUCUGCUCUCAUUCGAAAAGUGCUCUCUCUCUCUCUCUCUGCUCGUUGAUCUGUAGGCUCUGAGCUGACAAUGUCGUAUAAGGGUAAAGGUAUCGCCGUAGAUGACUCAUCGGGGAAGAGAAAGCGGGACGACGGUGGCGGCAAGAACAGCCGUCGAGGGAAGAGGAAGAACCGCGGUGUUGUUCAGUUCUUCGAUGACGCCGCAUACGAGGUCGAUGAGGGCGACGAUGCCAGCGACGAAAGCGAUUUCGAAGAUGACUUCCUGGAAGACGAAUUUAAAACACAGCUUAAAGUAAAAAGUGAACCUGCAAAAACCCAUAAUUUUCCAGUUAUGCCCAAAGAGGAGGAGCUUAGUGAGGAAGAACUGGAAAAACUGCUGAUUCUGGAUGAGCGUUACAAACCAGGCUCCAGUUUUGUGACAUAUGCAGAAGAUCUAUACGAUUCUAAAAGAAUGACUGAAGGAAAUGUAGUCAUACCUUCUUCCAGGGAUCCAACCAUCUGGAAAGUCAAAUGCAUGGUUGGACGGGAGAGGCAUUCUGCCUUUUGUCUGAUGCAGAAGUAUGUGGACUUACAUGCCCUUGGAACUAAGCUGCAGAUAAUUUCUGCAUUUGCGCUUGAACAUGUGAAGGGUUUUAUUUAUAUUGAAGCCGAAAGGCAAUUUGAUGUUAAUGAGGCAUGUAAAGGGAUUUGCACUGUAUAUUCUAGCCGAGUGGCACCUGUCACAAAGAAUGAAGUUUCUCAUUUGCUCACUGUGCGAAGCAAACACAAUGAAGUUUCAGUUGGCACAUGGGCCCGUGUGAAGAAUGGGAAAUAUAAGGGGGACCUAGCACAGGUUAUAGCUGUGAAUGAUGCACGGAAAAAAGCUACUGUCAAGUUGAUCCCUAGAGUUGAUCUACAAGCAAUGGCUGAAAAAUAUGGUGGAGGAAUUGCUGCCAAGAAGACUGCAGCUACUCCUGCACCAAGAUUGAUUAGCUCUACUGAACUUGAGGAGUUCCGGCCUCUCAUUCAAUAUAGGCGUGACCGUGAUACUGGCCAAGCUUUUGAUGUCCUUGAUGGGAUGAUGCUCAAAGAUGGUUAUUUAUACAAAAAAGUAUCAAUUGAAUCAUUAUGCUUCGGUGGUGUAAUGCCUACUGAAGACGAGCUCCUUAAGUUUGAGCCUUCUAAGAAAGAGGAAUCUGAUUGUCAAGAGUGGCUUACUCAGCUUUUUGGUGAGCCAAAGAAAAAACUCGUCAUAAAGAGUGACAAAGGUGGUGGGAAAGGAGAGGGUUCAUCAAGCUCUAACAUGCCAAGUGGUUUUGAAGUGCAUGAUCUUGUGUUUUUUGGUCGGAAGGAUUUUGGCGUUGUUGUAGGCACUGAAAAAGAAGAUUAUUUCAAGAUUUUAAAACAUGGUUCAGACGGACAAAUGUUGGUGACGGUUGAACUGCAUCGCUUAAAGAAUGGGUCCUUUGAUAAGAAAUUGACUGCAUUAGACCAUGGCACUAAGACAAUAUCAAUUAAUGAUACUGUCAUGGUUUUGGAAGGUCCAUUUCAGGGUCGGCAAGGAAUUGUUAAGCAAAUUUAUAGAGGAAUUGUCUUUUUAUAUGACGAAAAUGAACAGGAAAAUAGUGGUUAUAUCUGCUGUAAGGCACAGUUUUGUGAGAAAAUUAAACUUUCUGAUGAUGCAUGUAAAGGAAAGGGAGGUGAAUCAGGGGCCUCAGGCUUUGAAGAUUUUCCUUCAUCUCCUAAAUCUCCUCUAUCACCUAAAAAAGCUUGGCAAUCUAGGGAAAAUGGCAACAACUUCAACCAAGGGGAUAAAGAUGGAAUGUUUUCUGUUGGUCAAUCAUUGAGAAUCAGAGUGGGUCCUCUGAAGGGAUACCUGUGCCGUGUCUUGGCUGUGCGUCGUUCUGAUAUCACCGUAAAGCUUGAUUCUCAGCAGAAAAUUCUUACAGUUAAAUCUGAGCAUCUUGCUGAGGUCCGUGGGAAGAGUUCUGCCAUUUCCUUGGGUGAUGAUGCGGAGCCUGGAAAGCCAUUUGACCUGCUUGGAACUCAAGACGGCUCCACAGAUUGGAUGGCCGGAGCAGGAACAUCAACAGAGGGGGGUGAUAGAUGGGGUGCUGGAGGGCUGUCUACUGAAAGGAGUUCUUGGCCUGCUUUCCAAUCUUCUGGCUUCUCGCUUCAGCCAGAAUCCAGUUUUGCGAAUGGUCUUAGUACUGCUGAUAAUGAUACCAAUAAAGCGGGAGAUAAUGCUUGGGAGAUUAAAGCAACUUCAAAUCAGAAUUCUUCUUGGGGUAGUGCUGUACCUGAUGAAAAAGCUAGUGAACAAGUUGGAGGCUGGGGAAAACUCAAAAUCGGAACUUCUGAUUCUGCAAACGAUGCUGGGUCCUCUUGGGGGAAGAAAAAUGAUGCAACUAAUGAUAGUUCUGCUUGGGGCAAAGCUGUUGGUUCCUCAGAUAAAGGCACUGGGGGAUGGGGUAGUGCAGGUGGAAACUCAGUUGAAACCGAAGCUGAAUCAAGUGGCUGGGGGAAAAUGAAAAAUGAUGGUGGUGCAAAAGGUUGGGGAAGUGCUAGUAAAGGAACUGAAGAAGAUUCUUGGGGCAAAACUGUGGAGAAGUCCAGCAGUAAAGAUGAUUCUAGUGGAAGCAAGGCAGCUUGGAACAGUUCUACCUCUGCACCAGAGAGUCAAACUGGGGGUUGGGGUAAUAAACAAACAGGCGGAUCUUCUUGGAGUAGCCAAGCUGGCGGAUCUUCUUGGGGUAAGCAAAAUGAUGUGAAUAUGGAAGAUGCGUCCAAGGAAACUGGUCAAAAUGACAGCUGGGGUAAGCCUUCUGGCGGUUGGAAAAAAGAUGAUACAUUUGAUGGAGGACGUGGUUCGGGUGGUGGAAGGGGAAGAGGAGGCGGCGGAGGAGCUUGCUACAAGUGUGGGGAAACGGGACAUAUGGCGAGGGAAUGUAGUCAGGGCGGCGGUGGUGGAGGUGGAGGUGGGAAUGCUUGUUACAAAUGUGGGGAAAUGGGACAUAUGGCCAGGGAAUGCAGUCAGGGCGGUGGUGGUGGAGGGAGGAUGGGUGGCAAUGCUUGCUACAAGUGUGGGGAAACGGGACAUAUGGCUAGGGAAUGCCCUCAGGGUGGUGGUGGCGGAGGUGGCAGCGGUGGGAAUGCUUGCUUCAAGUGUGGGGAAACAGGACAUAUGGCCAGGGAAUGCCCUCAGGGUGGUGGGAAUGCUUGUUUCAAGUGUGGGGAAUCGGGACAUAUGGCGAGAGACUGCUCUCAGGGUGGUGGUGGUGGUGGUGGGAGGUAUGGUGGCAGUGGUGGGGGUAAUGCUUGCUUCAAGUGUGGGGAAACGGGGCAUAUGGCCAGGGACUGCUCUCAGGUUGGCAGCGGUGGAGGCAAGGUAUCUUGGAGUGGUUCGUUGGCUGAAUCUAAGAAUCAAACUGGGGGAUGGAGUAGUGGUUCCGGAGGAUGGGGAAGUGGUUCUAUGGAUGAACCCAAGAGGCAAACUGGGGGAUGGGGCAGUGGUUCUACAGCUGAACCCAAGAGUCAAACCGGAGGAUGGGGUAGUGGUUCUACCUCUGAACCCAAGAAUCAAACCGGAGGAUGGGGUAGUGGUUCAACGGAUGAACCUAAGAGUCAAACCGGUGGAUGGGGCAACAGUUCUACCUCUGAAGCCAAGAAUCAAAUUGGAGGAUGGAGUAGUGGUUCUACGGCUGAACCCAAAAAUCAAACCGGAGGAUGGGGUAAUGGUUCUAGCUCUGAACUGAAGAAUCAAACUGGAGGAUGGAGUAGUGGUUCUUUAAAAUCAAAAAAAUUUUUCCAACCCAAGAAUCAAACUGGUGGCGGAUGGGGUAGUGGUUCUACAGCUGAGCCCAAGAAUCAAACAGGAGGAUGGGGUGGUGGUUCUAAGGCUGAACCCAAGAAGAAUCAAACGGGAGGAUGGGGUGGUGGCUCUACAGAUGAACCCAAGAAUCAAACAGGAGGAUGGGGUAGUGGGUCUACGGAUGCAGCCAAGAAUCAAACUGGAGGAUGGGUUAGUGGUUCGACGGCUGAACCCAAGAGUCAAGGAGCCGCAGAAUCUUCUUGGGCAAAAACUGCUGGAGAAUCUACAUGGAAUAAGAAGGAUGGUGGAUCUUCUUGGAAUAAACAAGGUGGUGGAUCUUCUUGGAGUAACCAAGCAGGUGGAUCUUCUUGGAGUAAGCAAAAUGAUGUGAAUAUGGAAGAUGUGUCCAAGGGAAGCACAGGUCAAAGUGAUAGCUGGAGUAAGCCAUCUGGUGGUUGGAAGAAAGAUGACUCAAAUCAACAAGAAAGCUGGGCUACUAAAUCAUUUGACGGAGGGCGUGGUUCAGGUGGGGGCAGGGGAAGAGGAGGUGGUAGGAAUGCUUGCUACAAGUGUGGGGAAACGGGACAUAUGGCCAGGGAAUGCCCUCAGGGUGGUGGAGGAGGAGGUGGAGGUGGGAAUGCUUGCUUCAAGUGUGGGGAAACAGGACACAUGGCUAGGGAAUGCCCUCAGGGUGGUGGUGGAGGAGGUAGGUAUGGUGGCAGCAGUGGUGGGAAUGCUUGCUUUAAGUGUGGUGAAACAGGACACAUGGCCAGGGAAUGCCCUCAGGGUGGCGGCGGAGGAGGUGGAAGGCACGGCGGUGGUGGCGGCGGUGGCGGUGGCAGUUGCUACAAAUGUGGCGAGCAAGGGCAUUUUGCCCGAGAAUGCCCCAGCUCUUAGAUAAAGAAGGGUGUUGACGCGGCUCUACCUCUCUAAUCUUUUUAGUAUUUACUACUGUGUUAAUUUUGUGAAUUGAUGAACCAUAUGAAAUGUAGUUGUUUUGCGACUGUUAUGGAUUGGUAUCUGUAGUGUUUUUUUUUUUCCAGGUUUCUCUCUCCUUCUGGGAAAUGGUGGUUGCUUGAAAUCUCUUUUCUUCUUUCUAUGCUCUGCCAAGAUUGUUUUAUAUUGAUGGCAUGAUGGGUUUUUAGCUGGAUCUUAUGCAUUACAGUUUUUAGCUGGA